AUGUUCAUGAUAAAGUCUCUUGGAAAACUUAUUUGGGGCGAUCCAGACAAUCCUGAACUUAUUCAAAUAAGUGCAGGUGAGCUCUAUCUUGUUAGGCCAAAUAGUCCAAAAGGCAACAGAGAAUGCAUCUUUCGAGAAGCCCAAGCUAUUAUAAGGCGCACAGGUACUGAAUGGCAGUAUCAACUUGUUAUCGACAGAGUUUUUGAAGAAGGUGAAGAAGAACUAGUGUCAGAAGGUGAAUCUGACGAGGAAAGUCAAGGUGGUGAAGAAGAAAAGGUUUUCCUUAUUGAUGAAUCUCUUGAAUUUCGCAAAGGUCAAAUUGAGGGAUUGACCACAUUCGCAUGGAGGGAUUUAAUGGGUGACCCUGAUGAUUUAUUUGAAUUUGUUUGCGACGUGAAUACUACGGCGCAUACGGCCAAUGCUUUCGAAUACACUAUGUAUAGUUGCAUGUUUGAACGAAAAUACAGAAAAUCGCGUGAAGAGGCGACCGAACAAGAUCUCCAAAAUUUCAUUUAUGUACCGCUAGCAGAGAGAGACCAUUCAAAAGUUUCACAAUCUCCGAAACAUCACACAUCAACACCUUUAAAUGACUCACCAGUGUCGGCUAGUACGACACCUGUCAGGUCUGUUCGGUCUGAAACUUCACCAUCAUCCACCCCUACACGACAUACUGUUUCUUCCGAUUUUCCUGGUGCCUCAUUUGAAGUUGAAAACGCCAUAUCAGUGCCUGUUGAAUUGCAUGUGUUUGAUCCUACUUCAGGAACAUUUGUGUUAAUGUCGCAAAAUGCCACUGCCAGUAUAAAGAAAGGAAAAAAAUUUGAAUAUUGGCAUGUCGUUUCAGAUGAUAAAACAACACUUGUCGGCCAGCGGGUUGAACCAAAAAUGAAUCCAGUAUUUAAUCGG